AAAAGCAUAAAAACAAAGCAGCUGAACUUCAUCCACAGCUUCAUUAACCGGCCGUUAGGAAGGUGAAAACAGAAGAUUAACACCAUGAAAAUCAUUGCAGCUAUGGUUAUUCUAGGCUGCCUGCUUGUUGUAGAGGUGACAGGCCAGGCUAGAGUUCCAAAGGGCAGGUGUUUUUGUGCUGACAAAGGUGUGAACAUGAUUCCUCCAAAACUGAUUGAGAAGGUUGAAAUCAUACCACCAAGUUCAUCUUGUAAAACCCAUGAGAUUGUUGUUACUCUGAAAAAUAGUACAGAGCAGAAAUGCUUGAAUCCAGAAUCUAAAUUCACGCAGAAAUACAUAAUGAAAGCUGUUAAAAAGAGGAGCCUGCAGAAUGAAAUAGCCUGACAUAUGAAUCCAUAUGAGCUACUGUUCAGUGAAGAACAUAUGACAACAGCACCCUACAAUCAGUAACCAGCAUAUGACAAAUCUUGAACUGAAAUGAUGUAAUGAAUCUUUCCUUAAUGUAAUUGUUUUCUGAUAAACAUGAUCAUUAAUCACUGCUGUACCUUUCAAAAACAUUAAUGCAAUGCAUGCCUGAUUACAGUGUGUCAUAUGUAUAGUCGUACAAAAUAAAGCUUUUGUUGGCAUUUUA